CAUCCCGUCGCAGCAUGAAGUGAUUGGAAUUCUGUAGCUUCAUACAUUUCUUUACAGUUUAUUAAUUUAAUGUAUGUCGACGUUUGUUUAAAACGUUGCCCUGCUUGUUGUGCUGUUGCUCUAACGGUGUGCAUGGUUGCAAUCAGUGCAAACUGGAAAAUAGUGGUGUUUUGAAAAAAGGUACUUUUCUUCUGCAACAACCAUCGCUAAGCUAGCAAGCUAAAUAUGUCUGCGGAGGAGCAAGAAGCGGACAAAACAGCUACUGCGGAGGCGAGUGGUGGAGAUGAAGAGGAAGAAUGGCUUUACGGAGAUGAAGGUGAGAACAAGGAAGAGGACGAGGAAGCCAAGCUGAAUGCUGCAGUGAGUGCACCUGUAGAUGCACCCCCUCCUAUGUCAGAGGAGUCCCCCAACACAGGGAACGGAGCUGACCCACAGCUGGAGAAGACGGGAGAAGACGUCGAGCCCGCCGGGGACGAGGACAGCGAAAGUGACAGCGACGAUGACGACGAUGACGUCCGCGUCACCAUCGGUGACAUCAAGACGGGUGCGCCACAAUACACAACCUAUGGUGCAACGCCUGUCAAUCUGAACAUCAAGACUGCCGGGAGCCGACCCUAUGGACAAGUGGGCACAAAGCUGAAGGGGGUGGACUUGGAAGCUGCAGGCAGCAUCAACGGAGUCCCCGUGCUGGAGGUGGAGAUGGAGAGCUUUGAGGAGAAGCCCUGGAGGAAGCCAGGAGCGGACCUGUCGGACUACUUUAACUACGGCUUCAACGAGGACACGUGGAAGGCUUACUGCGAGAAGCAGAAGAGGCUGCGCAUGGGGCUGGAGGUCCUUACCGUCGGCUCGGUGACCAGUAAAAUCACCGUGCAACAGGGCAGGACCGGCAAUGACAAGGAGGCCAGUCUGCCCGUCCACACAUCCAAGCCAGACUACCCAGCACCGACCAACCUGUACAAGAGCAUGAACAUGAACAUGAACGUUAACAUGAACAUGAACACCACCAGGUUCUCCCCCCCUCAGUGGAAUGGCCCACCCCCCACGGACAUGUCAUACUAUACAAAGCCAAGCGGGACUAUCGACGUGAUUGGCGGGCAGACGGCCACCAUCAGCAGAGUGGAGGGACGGCGCAGGCACAACCUGGAGGGCAACAACAUCCAGGUGAUAUCAGAACAUUCCUCGUCGGAGGCUGAGCCCGCCCCGGCCAAGAUGCCCCCCUUCUUCCCGCCCGGGGCUCUGCCCCCCAACAUCCCCCCGCCCCCCUUCCUCCCCCCUCCGCCCAACGUCAGCACGGCGCCCCCCCUCAUCCCCCCGCCAAGGUUACCCAUCACUGUCCCACCACCUGGUUUCCCCCCUCCCCCUGGCGGCCCCCCUCCAUCUCUCAUCCCCACCUUGGACAGUGGACAUCCUGGAGUUUAUGAUGGGCGUCCUGUCCCGCCAUACCCCUUCCCCACAGGUCCAUACCCUCCCCCCAUGCCCGGCGCCGUGGCCCCUUGGCCCCCCAUGAUGGACCAGUCGAAGCAGUGGGACUACUACCCCCGCCGCGAGGAGAAGAGAGAGAAGGAGCGCGAGAGAGAGAGACCCAGGGAACGGCCACACGAGAGGGAGAGAGAGACCCGGGAGCACAGUCCCUCGGCCAUUGUCUACAACAGCGACGAGGAGCGGUACCGCUACCGCGACUACGCAGAGCGUGGCUACGGCGGGGAGCGCCAUAGGGAGAGGGCGAGCCGCGAGAAGGAGGACCGACACCGGGACAGACGCCACAGAGAGAAGGAGGAGGGACGCCACAAGUCCUCGCGCAGCAGCAGCAGCAGGAGGCGACACGACAGUGAGGAGGGCGACGGCCACCGGAGACACAAGCACAAGAAGAGCAAGAGGAGCAAGGAGGGCAAAGACCCCAGUGAGGAGCUGUCGGCCGACCAGGAGAACCAGGACGUCAUGGAGUGACCGUCCCUCCUGUGUCCCCCGUCCGUCUGUUUCUAUCCAGUUCUCUCUUACUGAGGCCUUCUCUUCUCCAUGCAUCUUUUCCUCAGCAUGAACCCCCCCUCCCCAGAUGGCCUCUCCUGUGUACACUCUCCUCUCCUUCAGUCUACCCCUCUCUUAUCUCCACUCCGCUUCCAUCUGUCCUCUUUCAUCCCCCCCCCCCCGCCUCCUCUUCCUGUCCCCAUGUCUCCUCAGAGCACUGUUGUAAUGUUAGAUCAUGCUCAGAGAUUAUUGGUGUAUGUGUUACUUUAUUCAUGGCGACCACAAGCAUUCUGUCUUUUCUCGUGGUACGUUUUUGUCCCUUUUUCCAGUGCUUUACUGAGGCACCCACCGAAAGAUGUCGAUUUGUUAAAUUGAAUAAAAAAACAAAUAUCUUUU